AUGCGAAUUUCCGCAUUGAUCCUCCCCCGCAUUACUGCGAGCAACACCUGCGUGCCGGCCACGACUCAGAGUUGGCCCCACGUCCAGGAUCUGUGUCUCGCCGACCCAGACUAUGGAGCGAGCGACCCAGUGGAGCUGCUGCUGGGGGUGAAGGAGUAUUCCGCAAUAAUGGAAGGAGAAGUACGCAAAGGCGGCCCCGGCGCUCCAAUGGCUCAGCGCACGGCAUUCGGGUGGAUUCUCCUGGGCGAAGUCGACGGCGCAGCAAGGUCCGGGGAGGCAUCAUCCCAUCACUGCCAAGUAGACGAGGACCUCGUGGGACUGGUGCGUCAAUUCUGGAGCCAGGAAGAACCACCGACCAGUUCCACGCCGCUCACGGAGGACGAGCAACGCUGCGAGACAUUCUAUGUCUCAUCGCUCCGCCGCACGCCUGAGGGACGGUACGUCGUGCGCCUCCCGACUACCACGACGCUGCCAGACUUCGGCGAGACGCAGCGCACGGCCGCAUGGCUGGUUCGCUGCAUGGAACACCGGUUUGCGAAAGACCCGGACUUGCAUCGGCUCUACUGCACCUUCAUGCGAGAGUAUGAGACGCUCGGCCACAUGCUAGCAGUCUCCCCGCCGUCGGAGGUCUAG